UGUGCAUUGCACUUUGUCACCCCACCUCAGUUUUGCAUGUGGCUGCAGUUCAGACUGCAGAGCGCUAAUGGUCUGUACAGAUAGUGCUACAAUUAUUCAGCUCUGGUCAAGGAACUUUACUGAGAGGUUAUUUUCCAACCGUCGGAGUAUGAGAGUCAGCAAUUACAGAUAUACAGAAAACCUGCUUCAUCGUGCAUGUGUUACAUAGAACAAAGUUGCUCUAAGUUGGUGAAAGUGGAUUACAUGGACUAUGCACUGUGAGUGGAGGAUGAUAAGUGUGUCGGCUGAGCUCUGUUUGCUGGCAUGUUUAAUUCUGACUGUGGACUUGACUUUGGGUUUGGGGCCAAAGAAAGACAUGGAGUUUACAUUUCUAUUAUCUGCUGGCAGCACAGAGUGUUUUUACCAAACUACAGCAAAGAACGACAGCAUGGAAGUUGAAUACCAGGUGAUAGCUGGGUCAGGUCUGGAUGUUGGCUUUGCCCUCAUUUCACCCAACGGAUACCGGCUGGUCUCUGACUUCAGAAGAUCUGAUGGUAUUCACAUGGUGGAUCUCACAGAGGGUGGAGACUACCGGUUGUGUUUUGACAACAGCUUUAGUAAACUCUCAAAGAAGAUGGUGUUCUUUGAGGUGGUUAUAAAUGGUCAGAGCAGUGCAGGUGGAGGCCAAAAUGAGUGGGCGGAUGUGGCCACAACAGAUAGCAUGUUGGAGUAUAAACUGGAGGACAUCAGGACGAGGAUGGACUCUGUGUACGAGCGCCUGGAGAGGAGCCGUCAGGUCCUCACUGUGCUGCGGACCUUUGAGGCAAAGGACCGCUACCUUCUGGAGGACAACCUGUGGCAGGUGUCCUUUUGGUCCUGCCUCAACCUGCUUGUCAUGCUCACCGUCGCUGUCACUCAAAUCUACACCCUUCAACGCCUCUUUGAUGACACAAAGCGGGUCUGCACAUAGUCACAAAAACUACCUCCAGCCAAGAAAGCGCAGCACUUGCACAUGCCUAACCUUGUAAAUCUGAAAAACCUUUUACAGUCUAUACCCUAACUGACAUGUGCCCUGGGGACCUAAUUUAAAGGGAUAGUUCACACUUUUGGAAAACUGAUUCAUCAUUGAUGUUUUUAAAUUCCAGUCCCAUGGUAAUUAUUUAUACAGUACUGCAAUACAUACAUAAAUACACACACAAAUACUUGCCGCCAGUGGCACCCACAGACAUUUUUAAAAGGGAUGUCCAGAUUGGGCCACUGAAAUAACACCAAAACCAAAAGCCUGAAUUUCUGAAAUUCUAUUAUGCUGAUAUAGGCUGGUUCAAAAGAGAGUUAAGGCAUUGCAUACUGAUACACUUUAAGUUUGUAUUUUGCAGUUGUUUCUUUUAUCCAACGUGCAGACUAAUUCCAAUACAAUUCGACAUCAAUGCUUAUUUACUGUGUUAUGUAUCCACGUCAGGCAAUUUGUUGUUCAUCUAUUAGGUUAGUUGUCCAUUUCUUUGAAAAAUGCAUAUGCAGUUCCCACUACUUGCCGCACCAAUAUCUGUUAAUGUCAUUGGGGAACCUAUAAAACCACAGCUGUUCUGACUAGAAUCUUGUUUAAUUGAAUUUCAAAAUACAUUUUGCAUGAACAUUUAGGACCCUAGGCUAUGUUUUAUCAAACCAAAACAAACAAAAUAUCGGAACACCCACCUACGGAGUAUACUUUUUUUUAUUUAACU